AUGGAGCUCAUAAGCGCACGGUCAAAACAUUACUUCUACAACUCCAUGGUUUGUCUUUUAAAAGCCCUGGAGGGAAUGGAGGUGACAGUUGAAUUGAGAAAUGAUAUGGUAUUGAAGGGAAAACUGGAUUUUUGUGAGUCAGCAAUGAAUCUGAACAUGUCAGAUGUCACUCUUACAACUGUCAAAGGAGAGCAGCGUUUCUUCCCCAAGUUUUAUUGUAAAGGGCGAUUCAUUCAUUAUGUGAUGAUUCCAGACCAGAUAGAUAUCACUAAAGCAAUGCAAUGGCAGGUUAACAAAACUGAGUAUUUCAAAGAAAAAGAGAGAAAGUUUCAGAAAAAGACAUUUGAAAGGCUUCAAGGGUCUAGGGCAAAAGCUGCUGCUAAACUGACAAAGCAGGAGCAAAAGUAA